GUGCUGUCGCGGUCUGAUGACGCAGGCGACGUUGGCGUUACCAUGGCGGCUAUGUGCUAAUUGAAAGGAAAAUGCGGGGGCUUUAGCUGCGGAGACACUCAGCGUUACGGAAUUUUAAAAAAAAAGGAGCCAGUCCACAUUCCUUUCACAAUGAACAACAGAACGUCGUAUUUCUAUGACCCCGACGUGGGCAACUUCCAUUACGGUGCGGGCCACCCCAUGAAGCCCCACCGUUUGUCCCUGACGCACAGUCUGGUGCUGCACUAUGGCCUCUACAAGAAGAUGAUGGUGUUCAAGCCGUACAAGGCGUCGCAGCACGACAUGUGUCGCUUCCACUCGGAAGACUACAUCGACUUCCUGCAGAAGGUCAGCCCCAACAACAUGCAGGGCUUCACAAAGAGCCUCAACACGUUCAACGUGGGGGACGACUGCCCUGUGUUUCCAGGUCUUUUUGAGUUCUGCUCGAGAUACACCGGAGCCUCUUUACAGGGGGCCACACAGCUCAACCACAAGAUCUGUGAUAUUUCCAUCAACUGGGCUGGAGGUUUGCAUCAUGCCAAGAAGUUUGAGGCGUCUGGUUUUUGCUACGUCAAUGACAUCGUCAUUAGUAUACUGGAGCUACUCAAAUACCACCCUAGGGUUUUAUACAUUGACAUAGACAUUCACCACGGUGACGGAGUCCAGGAAGCCUUUUAUCUGACCGACCGUGUCAUGACUGUGUCCUUCCACAAAUAUGGGAACUACUUUUUUCCAGGAACAGGUGACAUGUAUGAGGUUGGGGCAGAGAGCGGCCGGUACUACUGCCUCAAUGUUCCUCUUAGAGACGGCAUUGACGACCAGAGCUACAGGCAGCUAUUCCAGCCGGUUAUUAAACAGGUGGUGGAUUUCUACCAGCCGACCUGCAUCGUUCUACAGUGUGGAGCAGACUCUCUGGGCUGUGACAGACUGGGCUGCUUCAACCUCAGCAUACGAGGACAUGGUGAGUGUGUUGAGUUUGUAAAGAGCUUUAAGAUUCCCCUGUUGGUGCUGGGGGGAGGAGGCUACACGGUGAGGAACGUGGCUCGCUGCUGGACCUUCGAGACGUCUCUGCUAGUGGACGAGCCCAUCAGCGAUGAGCUGCCCUACAGCGAGUAUUUUGAGUACUUUGCUCCAGACUUCACACUGCAUCCGGACGUCAGCACCAGGAUAGAAAACCAGAACUCCAGACAGUACCUGGAGCAGAUCCGUCAGACGGUUUUUGAGAACUUGAAGAUGUUGAACCACGCACCCAGUGUCCAGAUCCACGACGUCCCCUCAGACCUGCUGAGCUACGAACGUAACGACGAGCCCGACCCUGACGAGAGGGGAGGCGAGGAAAACUACACCAGACCUGAGGCAGCCAAUGAGUUCUACGACGGCGACCACGACAAUGACAAAGAGAGCGACGUCGAAAUUUGACAUCCGAGAAUAGAGCGGAGUGGAGCUUUUCCCCCCGCAGCCUCGUGACAGUCUGCGAGGAUCACGUCAAACAAAACACUCAAACGUUCAGGAAGGACAGAAAAGACCCUCAACACUCUGUUUACUCUCACUAGUUUCUUCUUCUAACGGCUGUUCCACCGUAACUCCACAGAGUCUGUCAUCGUACUGCAUUAUUCUGUCUUUUUGCAUUUGGAGUCAACAUGUCAAAUAUUGUAACAGACAAUUUUUUUUUCAUAAUGAUGGAUACUGAAACAAACAUGUAUAUACACUUGAUCAGCUGUGUUAUUUCAAUUCAUUACAGGAUGAGAACAAACACAUGUAGAUUUUGAUAAUAAAAACCUUUUUAGGUAUUUUCUUUUACCCCCCUCUCGUAAUCACUGAGAUGCAUUUGAAAGAGGAUGAUGUCAACCGCAACAACAUUUUUCAAGUAUUAAGGGCAAGAGAAGCGACUUUUUUGUAACCAAGUGUCCCCGAACCACAAUUUUUCUUUAGAGUGUCUCGAAUACACAAUCUGUCGACGCCGCCGGGGAUUGAAGAGGCGUGACAGAACGGGACGUCCGCGUGACGAACAGCCACAGUUCUCGCCGGACGUCGAGACGCACGCUAACGUGUGAGGUGGCAGAAGCAAGUGCCAGGACACAUCAGUGACACAUUCGCCAGUCCAGAUGUUUUUAAGACCAUCCAGAAUUUCACAUGUAAUGAUCCGAUUGUCAUUUGUCUUGUUUUAACAGUCACCAUGUUGUGAUUAUUAUUCAUUAUUGGUUAUUUUUUCAUGUGCCUUACAGCUCUGAAAUGUCCAACACUGUUGCAGAGCAGGGCACCCGCUUGGAUUUCGACAAGUGGACAUCUGUAACUGAUCCAAACAAAAACCUUCUCCCUUCGUGUCUUUUCAUUCCUUUUCCUUUUGCUCGUUACUGUACAUACGUAUUACAUGAUGUAUGAACUGUGAAUGUGUGUGUGUGUGUGUGUGAUUGUUCACAAUGUAGUAGAGUACAACUGGGGACGAGGCUGGCAGUUUGUUAGUGAAACUGGUUGUCCUUCACUGUGCAGCUCCAGUACACAUGUACAUUAAGUGGCAAUCAAAACUCUCUCUACCAUCGACCACCUCCUCUUUUAGCCAAAACCAGGUUUCAUGUCAUUUUUGAUAUCGUUGUCAGCGACUUUUGUUUUUAUUAAAAGAAAAAUUAAUAAUUUUUAA